AUGACUCACUCUCUGAGCUGGCGAGCUCUCGUGGCUAUCACCCUGACGGUUUCAGCUUCUGCAUAUCCCCUUCAAACAUACUCAAACCUCGUCCCACGUGCCGGGUGUCCCAUCCCUGAUAUCUGCACCUGGGGAAGUUGCACCAACACCACUAUUGGUCUUGAUCCCCGAAACUGUGGAAAGUUCGGUAACUCCUGUGAGCCCUCAGAGAUCUGUGUUGCCGGUCUGUGUCUCCCGCUUGAGCUCGGUACAGAUGACUGUCCUACCGCAUGCAAGCCUGGUCAAUUGUGCACCAACGGCGAAUGUGUCUCCAUCGAGAUCGCAGUCGAUCCUCUUCACUGUGGAGGAGAGUCCUGUGAUGCUUCAUCUCUCUGCAUCAACCAACAAUGCCAAAAGCUCGACAUCGGCUCAGAUCCUGCAUCCUGCGGCCCUUCCAAUACCAAAUGCGAUGCUGGAAGCUGGUGUCUCUACGAUACUUGUGUUCCCUUUAUCCUCGGUACCGACGUGCAAGCCUGCGAUGAGAGAACUUCAUGCUCUCUUGGUACAUCUUGCCAGGACGGAUACUGCCGACAGAUAUUCCUUUCGACCGACAUAAACAACUGCGGAGAAGAUUCCCAGGCCUGCACUGCUGGGCAAGUGUGUGUGUCUGGGCAAUGCCAGUCCCUUAACGAAGAAGACGCAGACCAGACCUGCGAUACACCCUGCGAGCCUGGCUCAUGGUGCUUGGGUGGCCAAUGCGUACCGAUCAGCAUCUCGACAGAUACUUCUCAGUGCGGCAGUAGCGCCGAACCAUGUGGCAAGGGACAAGUCUGUGUCUCUGGGCAGUGCAUUAGCGACCUGGUUCACAAGGAAAGCAUCCCUCGGACAGCUUGUAGUCCUUCUACACGUCUAGGAGGAUUUCUUUUCGGACCAGGGGGGUCUACAGACCAGAACAACAAUGAUGGUGUUCGAGAAGGUUCUCCCAACGACGCCACUUCGGGACAGGGUGGAAAUCAACAAGGAGGAGACUCCACCUCGAAUAACAACGGUUCUGGCAGCUCUCCUGGUGACGCUUCAGGUGGAGGUGGUCAAAACCAAGAUGGCCAGAAUCAAGGUGGCCAAAGCGGUUACCCGGGCGGCUUCCCGGGCUCACGUCCUGGUUCCGGCUCUGGCUCUGGUAGCAACCAGGGUGGCCCCAACAACAUUGGCCCUGGCCGUCCAGGCCCAGACGAGGAUGGUAAGGGAUUUCCAUCUUCUGCAUGUGAGCCAGAGUGCGCAUCAAGCUUCAUCUGUGUUAGCGGAGAAUGCCUUUCGGUUUCUGACCCCUUAUCCUGCGGACCCUCCACCAACCUCAACCGUCUCUUCCAUCGCCAAAACGCUGUUUGUCCGCCAGGUUAUGCCUGUAUCGACGACCGCUGCGUUCGGGUAGAUGGACCCAUCAGCUGCGGUAGUUCUAUCUGCCCUGCCAACUAUGCCUGCAUCCAGGAAGCGUGCGUCCCUCUUGGAGAUCCCACCGACUGCGGUGGUGAGACGUGUGCUAGUGAUGAGAUCUGCUUGGGUGAUACCUGUGUAUCAAAUCCGGCACUGGCUAGCUGCGUUGGUGUCGUUUGCCCUCCCGGACAGGUAUGCCAGAACGGAGACUGUGUUGCCAUUGGUUCGCCUGGUGCGAACGGUAAUCCUCAGGGCAAUGGCGGUAGACCCGGCGGUAAUGGUGGUUCCUCCGGAGACGGUUCCGGUGACGGUGGAUCUGAUGGAGGUAACGGAGGAGGCAACGGAGGAUCCAGCAACGGCGGAUCUGGUAACGGCGGGUCCGGCGGUGGUUCCAACGGAGGCAGCAAUGGAGGCAACAAUGGAGGAGGCAACGGUGCCUCUCCUGGAGAUGGCUCAGGCAAUGGCAACGGAGGUAACGGCAAUGGAGGCAACGGAAACGGAGGCUCCGGUGGCGGUGGUAAUGGUAAUGGAGGCACAGGUGGUGGCUCCAAUGGGGGAUCACCAGGCGGCAAUGGUGGUUCUCCUGGUGAUGGCUCUGGGAACGGACCAGACAGCGGCAACCCGGAAGGAAACGGUGGCCGACCUGGCCCCGAUCUUGGUGGUGAUGGCUCUUCUACUGUUAGCGGUGGUGGAGAUGGUGGCGCAGCUGUAACCUCACCACCCGCAGGUACUGCUACCCGCUCGGGAGCUGGCAAUCUUCCAGGUUCGACAGCAUCCAGUGCUGACGCCAGCGACGACGCACCCAUUGUCAACCCUGGCCCUGGCACGACUGGUACUGAUGGACUCUCAGCUUCGACCACCAGCAUUCGAGGUCGUCCCGAUGGUAAUGGUGGCUCAACUGGUUCAGGUGACGGUGGUGGCGACUCUCCCACUCAAGUCUCGACUGGAGCGGCGGAGACUGAUGCUGCUACAUCUGAUGCAGGACCUGUCGUCAACCCUGGUGAGCCUACUACUGACGGAAGUGGCAUUUCGGCUUCUGGGACCGGCAUUUCGGCUUCUGGGACUGGUACUUCAGCUUCUGGGACUGGUGCCACUGGUACCGGUGUUGAUGGACAGACAGAGACAGCCUCCACUACUCGAGACGCAACCGUAGAGCCAACGGAAACGACACCAUGCUCCACAGACGAUGAUUGUCUUCUCAAUGUCGCUCUCUGUGUUUUCAACGGCUUCAACAUUUGUACUUGCGUCGAUGGAGUCUGCACGCAGCAGCCCGGAGGUCCUGAAGGAUCAGGUGUCAGCGGCUCCGACCUUGGAACUGCAACUACAGGCAACGGAGAGCCGACUGGUAGUGCUGGGUCGACAAUUACCGAUGGUACUGGAGAGACUGCUACUACAACGGGAGAACCCGCGGCUACAUCGACAGUAUCGUGUUCGACAGAUGAUGACUGUCUGGCCAAUUCUGUCUUUUGCUCAGAUGGCUUGCUCAAUCUAUGCAUCUGCGUGGAUGCCAUUUGUGUUCUUGACCCUACUUUGGCUUCAACCACUGAUGCCAACAACGGACAGACGACCACCGUCCAGGAUGCUACCACCACCGAUGGAGAAGCAGCCGCUACCUCAUCAGCCGUUGCUUGCGAUACAGGCGCUGACUGCGCUGUCAAUGUUGACCUCUGUAUCAUCGGAGGGCUCAACCUUUGUGUUUGCCUCAACGGAGUCUGCGUUGCUGAUCCAGACGGUCAGGAAACGACCGCUGCGAACCCUACUGCGACGAACACUGGACCAGGAGCUACUCCAACUGCAGUAGCUUGCUCUACGGCUGAUGACUGCGCUGUCGAUGCGGAUCUGUGCCUCGACGGACUGAUCAACCUCUGCGUCUGUCUCAACGCCGUCUGCGUUAAUCCUGGAGGAGGCAACGAUCAAACAACUACAGAGACUGGGGCUGGGGGAGGACCUACUACAGCGCCAGUGACCUGUACUACAGCUGAUGACUGUGUCGCUGAUGCUGGUCUCUGCUUGGACGGCUUGUUGAACCUCUGUGUUUGCCUCAACGCUGUCUGUGUCGUAGCAAACCCUGGGGGUGAUCCGACUGAAACAACUGAUCUGCCGCCUGAGAAUACAAGAACGCCAUGCGCCACCGACGUCGACUGCACAGCUAACACUGCGCUCUGUCUCGACGGUUUGAUCAACAUUUGCGUUUGCCUCGAAGGUUUAUGUAUCGCCAACCCUAUUGUGAAUCCCACGGAAACAACCGCUCCUGCACCAACCGAGACUGCUACAACUUCAUGCAACACUGCCGACGACUGUGCCGCGAAUGCUGGUCUUUGCUUAGACGGUCUCCUCAAUCUUUGCGUCUGUGUCAAUGCCGUUUGUGUACGACCACCAGACGGUGGCGGUAACAAUGGCGACCCCUGCACUGACGACACUGAUUGUACUGCUGCCGGAGCUAUAUGCCUCGAUAGUGGUGUUUGUGGACCUGAUCCAGGAAACACACCAACUUCCUGUACUACGGCAGACGACUGUACUGCCAAUGCGGCUCUCUGUCUGGAUGGCCUACUAAACCUCUGUGUUUGUCUCAAUGCUGUCUGUGUACCAGCUGGCAAUGGAGGCGGGGAUGGUGAUGUUUGUACAGAUGAUACAGACUGUACUACAGCUGGUUCUAUUUGUCUUGACAGCGGUGUCUGUGGACCUGAUCCGGGCAACAACCCAACUUCAUGCACUACAGCCGACGACUGCACUGCCAACGCCGCUCUCUGUUUGGACGGUUUGUUGAAUCUCUGCGUUUGUCUCAAUGCUGUUUGUGUGCAAGCCGGUAAUAACGGCGGGGACGGCGAUACCUGCACAGAUGAUACUGACUGUACUACGGUUGGGUCUGUCUGUCUUGAAAGCGGCGUCUGCGGACGUGAUCCAGCUUUUUGUACUACGGCAGACGAUUGUACAGCAAACCCUGGCCUGUGCCUCGACGGACUUCUCAACAUCUGCGUUUGUCUCAACGCGGUCUGUGUGCAGGCUGGAUAA